AUGGCCAUGGCAUGGAGGAGGAGAGCCAAGUCCAAGGCCAAGCCGGCCACCGAAAUAUUGGAGAUCGCCGUCCCGCUGCACUUCCGGUGCCCGAUAUCGCUAGAGCUGAUGAAAGACCCGGUGACGACGUGCACCGGCAUCACCUACGACCGACAGUCGAUCGAGGGGUGGCUCCAGCGGGGGCAUAUCACGUGCCCGGUCACCCAUCAGCAGCUGCGCUCCGACGAGCUCCUCCCUAACCUCGUGCUCACCCGGAUGAUACAAUCCUGGUGUGGCGCCCACCGCGACGCCGGCGUCGAGCGCAUCCCCACGCCCAAGAUCCCUCUCUCCGCGCCGCAGGCGGAGGAGCUCCUCUCUGAGCUCGCCGCCUGCGCCCGGCGGCGCGACGCCGGGAGGUGCGAGCAGCUGGCGGCGAGGGUGAGGGCCCUCGCGCGGGAGAGCGAGCGCAACCGGCGGUGCCUGGCGUCCAACGGCGCGGGAAGGGUUUUGGCGGCAGCCUUUUCGGCGUUCGCCGCCAACUAUGCUGAACUUCCGGAACUUCUGGAGGGAGUGCUGGCCGCAAUGGCGGCGGCGGGCAUGGCGACGGACGACGAGGCCGCUUCAUUUCUCGCCGCGCCGGAGCCCUUGAACCUCCUCGCGGAGAUGCUGAGGCACGGCAGCCUGGCCGCACGGCUCAACGCGGCGAUGGCGGUGAAGUCUCUUCUGGCGACGACGUCGAGCAAGCCAAUUUCCGAAUUGGUGUCGGCGACUGAGGGGAUGGUGGAGGCGCUGGCGAAACUCGUCAAGGAGCCGAUCUCCCAGCAGGCGAUGAAGGCCUCGCUCGCGGCGAUCUACUACAUGGUGAGCGAGGACGAGGGGGCGGCGGAGUCGGUGGCGGAGCAGGGCGUGGUUCCGGCGCUGGUGGAGGUGCUAACGGAGCCGGAGAGGGGGAUGUGCGAGAAGGCGCUGGCGGUGCUGGAGGGGGUGCUCAGCUGCGAGCGCGGCAGAGCUGCCGCAUGCUCGCACGCGCUGGCGGUGCCGGCGCUGGCGAAGAGGAUGUUCCGGGUGUCAGAGGCGGCGACGGAGCUGGCGGUGUCGGCGCUGUGGAAACUGUGCGGGGACUGCGGGAAGUGCUCGCGGGAGGCUGUCCAGGUGGGGGCGUUUCCGAAACUGCUGCUGCUACUGCAAAUCGGGUGCGGCGAGGAGACGAAGGAGAGAGCGACGCAGCUGAUUAAAUUUUUGAACGCGAACUGUUCGGGGAAGAACAUCGAGUGCGCCGACACCAUGGAUUUCAAGGGACUCAACAAAUUAUAAUCUAAUCGAUCCAUCAUGUUCAUCAAAUCAAAUCAAAUCGAACUAUCAAAUCCACUCUGAUAUUUUGUUUUG